AUGCCCGAGGCACCUUCACGGCGUCUUCACUCUCCGCCGCCCACCGCCCACCGUCCACCGCCCACCGCCCUCUGCCCUCUGCCCUCUGCCUUCUGGAGUGUACAAGCGCAGUGUCUGGCCUGCUUUUCACGCCCUGACCUGUACAGCACCUGCGUCAGCAGCACCAGCAGCACCAGCACCACCACCACCACCACCACCACUACCACCACCACUACCACCACCACUACCACCACCACUACCACCACCACUACCACCACCACUACCACCACCACUACCACCACCACUACCACCACCACUACCACCACCACUACCACCACCACUACCACCACCACUACCACCACCACUACCACCACCACCACUACUACCACCACCACCUCCCCCUCCAUCAUGGCAGCGCUGCAGGGCGCGGACGGCUUCAUGGGCGGUUUCCCGCUCGAGCAGUGGUUCUACGAGAUGCCCGUGUGCACGCGCUGGUGGAUGACGGCCGCCCUGAGCGCCUCGGUUCUGGUCCAGUGCCACAUCAUCUCGCCCUUUCAGCUCUUCUACAGCGUGCGUGCCGUCUUCUUCCGGAGUCAGUACUGGCGCCUCUUCACCACCUUCUUCUACUUCGGCCCCCUCUCCCUCGACCUGCUCUACCACAUCUUCUUCCUCCAACGCUACUCGCGCCUGCUGGAAGAGAGCUCCGGCCGCUCCCCCGCCCACUUCUCCUGGCUGCUCGCCUUUGCCUCGACCCUGCUGCUGUGCAUCGCCCCCAUGUUCAGCAUGGCCUUCCUCGGCAGCGCCCUCAGCAGCACCCUCAUCUACAUCUGGAGCCGCAAGAACCCCGACACCAUGCUCAGCUUCCUGGGCCUGCUCGUCUUCAAGGCCCCCUACCUGCCCUGGGUCCUGCUGGGCUUCAGCGUCGUCAUGCACGGCACCGUGCCCAAGGACGAGAUGUGUGGUAUUGUCGUUGGCCACAUCUGGUACUACUUCACCGACAUCUUCCCGUCCCUCUACAACGGCCGCAGUCCCCUCAACCCGCCCGCCUGGUGGAUCCGCCUGUUCGACGGCGCCCCACCACCCACCGAGUAG